AUGGCUCUGCCGCCGGUCGAUAUGUUCGUCGAUAUGAUGAAGCGGGUGGUUAAGGCCAACGAACGUUUCGUCCCUCCCUACGGGACGGGCGCUUCGCUGUAUAUCCUCCCCGUGCUGUUCGGCACCGGCCCGCAGGUCGGCGUAAAGCCCGCCGGGGAAUACCUGCUGAUCGUUUUCGUUACUCCGGAUAUCCGAGCGUGCUGUAUCUGGAUGCAAAGGAAAAGCACAUCGACGAAUGCGCGCGCCAACUUUUUCGGCAUCCGCGACGGCGUUUACAUUACGCCCAAAUCCCAUUCGGUGCUGCCGUCGAUCACGAACAUGAGUUUGAUGACGCUGGCCGCGGAGAUGGGGCUGAAAGUCGAACAGCGUCCGGUCGAUUACGACGAGCUCGGAACGUUCGAUGAAGCCGGAUCGUGCGGAACGGCGGCCGUUUUGUCGCCCAUCGGCAGCAUUUACGAUCCGCUGACCGGACAUACUUUCGUUUACAACGACGGCAAGCCGGCAAAUGGAGCGAAAAGUUGUACCACCGACUGCGAGCGAUCCAGUAUGCCGAGGAACCCGAUACGUACGGAUGGAUGGUUGCGUUUUUUUAAUCCGGGUACGAUGACCGAAAAGGAACUGGCCGCCGAACUGAAAGGCAUUUUUACCAAAGGAUUUGCCGGACGUUACGGGAGAUUGAUUGCGGAACACGAUCUUUUCGGGGACGCGUUGAGCCUUGGACUCGACAGCGAUCCGUCCGUUGCGUUCCAUGCUUCGUAUGCAUUGGAAAGGGCGUUUUUUAUUGCGCCGGAGGCGUUCGAGCGGCAUAUCGGGCAUUUCGUCCGGAAUUACCUCGCGAUCGUUAAAUCCGAGCGCGUGCCGUCAUUAUUCGAAGAUGAUGGCGUGGCUGCUCGACCGGAAGCGGAUCGAACUGACCGACAGUCAGCGCCGACAGAUCGCCGAAACGACGUUCGACCGGCUGAUAGACCCGUCGGUGCGUCCGGCCGUAAAAGUGUGGUCGAUGGAGAUACUCGACAUCCUGUCGGCAGAAUUGCCGUGGUCGAAGAGCAGCUUUACGAUACGAUCUGCUGGCUAAUGCGCGACGACGGUCCGGCGCUGCGGAACCGGGGAGCGAAAAUCUGCCCGCCGCAUCCGGCAUCAAUUACUUCGAUUAUGGCAAAGAAACUGACCGUAGCGCUGAUUUACGAUUUCGACGGCACGCUUUCGCCGGGCAACAUGCAGGAGUACGACUUUAUUCCGGCGAUCGGCAAAAGCAACCGCGAGUUCUGGGAGGAGAGCAACGAAACCGCCCGCGAACAGGACGGCGACCCGAUCCUCGCUUAUAUGUACCGGAUGCUGCACGAAGCCAAGAGUUCCGGCAUUUCGUUGCGGCGCGAGUCGUUCGCCCGGUCGGGACAGAAUAUCGAAUUGUACGAGGGCGUCCGCGAGUGGUUUCCGCGGAUCAACGCCUAUGCCGCCGAACGCGGCAUCCAACUGCAGCAUUAUAUCAAUUCGUCGGGCCUGCGCGAGAUGAUCGAAGGAACCCCGAUCGCCAAGGAAUUCCGGAAGAUUUACGCCUGUUCGUUCCUUUACGAUAUCGACGGCGUGGCUUACUGGCCGGCCGUGGCGGUCAAUUACACCAAUAAAACGCAGUUCAUCUUCAAGAUCAACAAAGGGAUCGAAAGCGUGUACGACAGCCGGCGGAUCAACGAGUAUAUCGAGGAGGAGCAGCGUCCGGUGCAGUUCCGUCACAUGAUUUAUUUCGGCGACGGGACGACCGAUAUUCCGUGUAUGAAACUGGUCAAACAGCAGGGAGACAUUCGAUCGCCCUAUAUCUGCGCUGCCGAUUACAGUCCCGAUAAGGAGAUCGACUGUCUCGUCAGGACGAUCAUCGACAAGAUCGAAGCCGACCACAAGUUGAGCAAAUUCUAUAAAAAUGGUUAUCAGUUGGUAACGCCUUGCGAUCUGGGUAUUACCGAGGAUAUACCGGAAGAGCAGCCGACUCUGGAGGGAAAUGCUUUUCAGAAGGCCCGCUACCUGUACGACCGCACCGGGCUGGACUGUUUCGCCGACGAUACCGGUUUGGAAGUCGAUGCGCUCGGCGGCGCGCCGGGGGCCGACCGAAAGGCCCGGUUCCGCACGGUGAUCGCGCUGAUCUUCGGAGGAAAGGAAUAUCAGUUCGACGGGGUGGUCGACGGUACGAUCACGGACGCCGCACGGCGGGGGAGGAUUCGGUUACGAUCCGGUUUUCGUUCCGGACGGUUACGACGUCACGUUCGCGGAGAUGGAUUCCGAAGCCAAAAACGCGAUCAGUCACCGCGGCCGCGCCGUCGAAAAAUUGGCGGCGUUUCUUUCGGGAGCGAAAUAAUGCGUACGUACAAAGCCCGCGGCGUGGUGCUGCAUACGAUCAAAUACGGCGACAGUUCGAUGGUCGCCUACCUGUUUACCGACUUGUUCGGGCGGAUGAAUUACAUGAUCCAGGGCGUGCACAGCAGCCGGGGGCGGGGCAACAAGGCGGCGCUGUUCCAGCCGAUGUUCCUGGUCGAAUUCGAAGGGAUCGAGCAGCCGCAGGCGCGGAUGCAUCGCAUGAAGGAGGUGCGCAGCCUGACGCCGCUUUCGAGCCUGCCGUUCGACGUCCGCAAGAGCACCAUUUCGCUGUUUAUGGCCGAGGUGCUGUACCGAUUGAUCCGCGAGUCGGAGGCCAACGAACCGCUGUUCGAUUUCGUCUGUCGGUCGGUCGUGCAGUUGGAUCGGAUGACCGAAGGGAUUUCCAAUUUUCACCUGUGGUUCCUCGUGCAACUUUCCGCCUACCUCGGAUUCUAUCCGGGCAACGAGCCGAUCCCGAACGGUUAUUUCGAUAUCCGGGCGGCGUGUUUACGCCGUCCGUUCCGGCGCAUCGGAUCUGCAUGGACGCUUCCUGUUCCGGCUUGCUCGGCGAUCUGA